AUGGAACAAACGAACCCAAACUCAAAUAACCAUCCGGAACCAGGCAGCAUUUGCCAUGACUCUAACCGCAACCGGGACACCAGUCACGACUCCUCCACCGACCAGUCCCAGCCGUCUGAAAGAAGCCUCGAGGACCUCGAAUACUACCGGGUCUUCCUCGAACAACUGCUGAGUCUCGUCUGCCACGGCGAUCAGGCCACUGUAGCUCGGAUGGUGUCCAUCAUCCGCUCUGGUGCCUCGCAGCAGGAGAUCUUUGCUGCGUUGUCACAGGAAUCUGGGGGAGCGGGACCUCACGAUCAGAACAAGACCAAACAAUGA